UAUCAUCAGCAGCAGCACCCACAUUCAUUCAUGAUUUCGCCCAAACGCCUUUCAGCCCUACACCGGCAGCUCAGCAGUACACACGGGAGGGAGAGGAAGUGCCGUCUUGCUGUGUUGGGGGCCGGCGUGUGAGUGGUGGAGUGGUGGCCAUGGGGAGCAGACAGGCGUGGGCAGUGGCAGCUGUGGCGAGGCUCCAGCCGGCGUGCAGGGCCUGGUUGCAGUGGCCCUCGUCUGCCAGCCUGGCCGUUGCCCACAUCCCCUGCCUUGAGCCGCCCCCUCGCCCUGAUUGGGAGAUAAGAAGACUUCACACUUCUCAUAUGAAAAAAUUCAGGGAGGAUAAGAAAACCACUUCUCUUGCCCUUGUGGAUGCUGUAAAGCAGGUCCGCCAAUCUCCUACUCCUGCCCUUGCUCUCGGAUUCUCAGGACUGGUACCAUUCAUGGCCGUCCCAGCAUACAUGAUGACUACAGGUCUUUACGAAGUUGAGUUGGCUCAGGCGCAGCUUUACUAUGGGGCAUCAAUACUGUCCUUUCUUGGAGGUGUACGGUGGGGCCUCACUCUUCCUGAGGGCAGCUCCCAGCCCCCUGACUGGCACAAUUUGGGUUACAGUGUUGCCCCAUCCCUGGUGGCUUGGCUAGGGCUCCUGGCACCCCACACAAUAGGGGUACUAACAUUGAUGGGUGGCCUUGGGGUGGCAGGUUAUAUGGACCUAGCCAUGUGGGGCUAUCCAGGCUGGUUCAAAGGAAUGAGGUUCUGCCUUACCUUUGUUGCUGUAUUGUCCUUGUGGACAACACUAGUGUUCAAGAUGACAUUUACUGCCACAAAGGAUAGUACUGAAGAAAAAGAAAUUGUAAAAAGUGUCUCAGAGUAGUUUGGGUGUAAAUAUUAGUUACUGAAUAAAUAAAUAUCAUUGUAUUUUCAUA